AGCACCGUAGGGAUGCGCUGACGUUGCAAGACAUCCUUCCAGCCUCCCCCCUUAAAACCUCGCUGUGGAGCUAAGAAGAAGACAUGAGGAUAGAGUAAGUGGGAGCAGGCACAGUCCUCCCUCUUCAGCCACCCACCUAUCACCUUUCAGCCUACCCAGCAUCCAUACCAGUGAGGAGACUGUACCAGGGGAACUCAGUAGAAUCAGAAACACCGCGCAGCAAUGCAGACAUCCAUGGAGUUAAAGAAAUCCAUCUCUGCCACCUUGGAGACAGAUAACCCAGUGAAGAGCUAUGGAGCAGUGGAGGAAACUGACUGGAAGGCAGGGGGGCUGGGGAGAAAUCAGCUUGACAUUGUUUCGAUGGCUGAAACCACCAUGACGCCAAAGGAAAUUGAACUUGAAAUGACUAAAAUCCAGCGGCUUCGAGAAGUUUUAGUGAGACGGGAGUCUGAACUCAGAUUCAUGAUUGACGACAUUCAGCUGUGCAAAGAAAUUAUGAGCCUGAAACAAGAUUUGCAGACCUCAGUAGAUGUUCCUGAGAAAGACAAAACAAGUCAGCAGAAGAAAAGAGAAGAUGAACUUAUUCAGAAGAUCCAGAAGCUGGUACAGAAAAGAGAUUUCCUCGUAGAUGAUGCAGAAGUGGAGCGAUUAAGAGAAAAAGAAGAAGACAAGGAAAUUGCAGACUUCCUCCGCAUCAAAUUAAAGCCACUUGAUAAAGUAACAAGGCCAGCUGCCAGUGCUACUUCAGAGAAGAAAACUGAACUUCCACCAAUCAAAACUUCAAUUACAAAAACAGGAAUGGCCAUCCUCAAAGAUUGCUGUGGAACCACCCAGUGCAGCAUCAUGUAACACACAGCCUCCGUCUGGGUAUCUGAAUGGAACGUCCUUUUGAGUUGCUGGCUGGGUUCUUUAAGAAAGGGUUCAGUACAUCCAGAAUCCUGCUGCCAAGAACUGUAUGUGCUGUAGAUGUUACAAAAACACAUUUACCAAUAGUAUAUCAAUAGUAAAUCCCUCUCUGUCGCAUGGAUCACUCAGCGAGCAUGUUUAA